UUGACCGGGAAGUGAUAAGUUGAGUCUCACCCAUAAUAUUUGUAGCUUGCAUGGGUCGUUUGUAUAAACAGAACGGAUCAGUGUAGCGUUUUUGGGGGCAAUCGUAAGCGAUGUCGCCUCGCGCGCGCGUUACUAACACACCGCAACGCUUCGGUCGUCGUUAUCAGUGCGCGUAAACCCGGUCCGUUCAGCGUAACAGCGCCGCGCGGAGCGCUAAAUAAAGGCAUUUAGUGUCUGAUCAAGACGGAACUGACUGUCUGUGCUGCGAAAAUAUGGCAGAGUUGCACGUUGAGCCCAACGCGACUGGCAUCAUCGAGCAGACCGAGCAUUGUGAGAUCAGGGGCUCAGUGAACGUGAGGCUCCCUUCGCCGACGCUGGUGAUUCCGCCCCGGAGCGGCUUGUCCAGUCCGGGGGUCUCCGGCUCCAGAGCGGUGUUUGGGUUCCCCAUGAAGAGCAACCCUACUUCCCCGUCACCAGAAGCCACAGAGAAACCAGGAUCUCGGUGGGUUCGGCUCAAUGUCGGGGGGACCUACUUCGUAACGACCAAACAGACCCUGUGCAGGGAUCCUAAAUCGUUUCUGUAUCGAUUAUGUCAGGAAGAUCCAGAUCUGGAUUCGGAUAAGGAUGAGACGGGGGCGUAUUUGAUUGACAGGGAUCCCACAUACUUCGGACCCAUCUUAAACUACUUGAGGCACGGGAAGUUGAUCAUCAACAAGAACCUCGCCGAGGAGGGUGUUCUGGAGGAAGCAGAGUUUUACAACAUCGCGUCACUUGUGAGGCUGGUGAAGGAGAGAAUACGAGACAAUGAAAACAGAACGUCUCAGGGCCCUGUGAAGCAUGUGUAUCGUGUAUUACAAUGUCAAGAAGAAGAGCUCACUCAGAUGGUGUCCACUAUGUCAGACGGAUGGAAGUUUGAACAGCUCAUAAGUAUCGGCUCCUCCUAUAACUAUGGCAACGAGGACCAGGCCGAAUUCCUGUGCGUCGUUUCCCGGGAGCUCAACAACUCCACUAACGGAAUUGUUAUCGAGCCCACCGAGAAGGCUAAGAUCCUUCAGGAGAGGGGGUCCAGGAUGUGAGGAACCUGGUGCCUGAGCCCACACAGAUCUCCCAUCCCUCACUUCCUUUCUCCAGCUCCUCCUCCACCAUACAGCUGACCCCAUCAGCCCACCACCCCUCACCUCGCCCUCCCCUCCUCCCUUGUGCCUUUCCAAUGUGGGGGUUUCAGUCCCCCUCCUCCCUGCAGUGCUGCAACUUUAACCGAUCAGCACCACCACUAACUAUCACCGCUAUUACCGACUAAUCAAAAAUGUGUCCGGGGCUAAACCUCAGACCAUCACAUUUGAUGCAAGACUGGUCAGAGAGAGGAUUACAGGAAAGGAUUCAUCAUUCAUCCUAAUGCUUAUUUAUGCAGACUUCGUCAUCGUCAUCAUCAUCAUCCACCUCCUCCUCAUAUCCCGGGUCAUUAUCAUCAUAAUCUUUACAGCUGUUGGCUUUAAAUGUUUUAAGGGGGGGGUUCAGUUGCCCCGGUUGAUUCGGCUGCGUCCACAUGACCAUAAUCUCCUCAGGACUUCCAAACGGCGUGCAAGAUAGACUGUCGAUACAGCUUCUCAUAACAACUACAUUAACUUACACUGUAAAAUCAUUAGCGUUCAUUUCCUAUUGCCUGGUCAGACCGAGAGCACAGCAGAUGGUGCGACGGAUAAAAAGAAGAAAGCGACUUUUGAACAUGCAGUAUUUUGUCUUCAAAGCGGCAUGUUUGUUUUGUUAACUGUUCAUUUAUACCCGUCUGGAAAGGACGAGAGGAGAAGGGAGAACUCAUACUGCCAAUUGUCCGGUCAGAUGCCCCAAAUCGCGUGUCCAUCGCUGUGAAGAUGUCUCACAUUUCCAGUUGGCUCCGGUUGACUUUUGUCAUCUUAGAUUUAAUUUAAUUUUUUUUUUUUUUUUGCCUUGUUGCUGUGGAUAUUUCAAAACAGGAAAUUAAAAAAACGAAGAAAUAUGUGGUUUUAGGGCAUGUGAGGAUUAUGUAUAUUCAAAACAUAUGUAUUAUGAAGAGGCUGAAUGCAAGUCAUUUAAUUGUUGAUAUCUGUACCAUAGUGGUCGUUGUUUUUUUUUUUGUUUAUCGAGGUGAGUUUCUCUAUUCGAUUGGGGAAAGGUU